AUGGAUGAUUUUUCCAUGUCUUCUUACAACCAAUUAAACAACAUUCCAAAGAGAAACAUUGGAGUUAAUUUUGUUUCAAAACGAAGUGAAUACUUAGCUUCAACAUGCACCAUCCAUGGCGGAGGCUUUUUGUUUGCUCCACCGUCGUCUCUCACCUUCUCUCAUCCUCCUUCACCUUCCAUUCUCAACCCGAUAUUAUUAUAUCAAAAUCACCACCAGCUGCCGCCACGGCUGCAACCACCUCUCCUCCCACUUCCAACGCCUACUAAACCUCUCCACGUGUCUCUCCCUUGCCGAACUCGAAGCCUUUCUUCUUCAUCAUGUAAAAACAAAAACAACAAAAUCAGAGACCAAUUCUUAACACCAAAAAGCUCAAAAUCAAAACAACUCAUCAUCAGUGCAGGCAAAGUAGAAGAUCGGCCGAAGAAAGAUAAUCAUUUGAAGCCAAAACAGGCAACAGAAACACAAACCAUAAGUAAGUCGUCCUUUGACAUGGCAAUGGCACCCGCUAACCCUUUAGGAUCCGAUCCGAAUGAUCUCCCUAUUGCUUUGCCAUCAUCAUACAGAGCAGCAGGUGACGAUGCCAAAAAAGAUUUGGACGAAUUUUCAGGUUCUAUCUUGCCUCUGUCUCCACCACCUAGCAGCUUGCCUUUGCCUAAGUUUUCGCUAAAAUCCAAGCUUAGUUGCAACCCUGAAGCGGCUGGAAUCGACUGUGGAGCCACCGACAAUCUCCGACGGCUCCUAUGUCUCCCUUGAAUAAAGGAGAAAAUCUCCGAGAUGAUGAGCAAUUCUUUGUAGACCACCCUAAUGCAAUCCAACCUCCGAAGAAAAAGUCACAUGGUGGUUGAUUUAUAUUAUGAUCAGUGAAAGAUUCAAGUGUAACGAAGAUAGCUCGACUUGCCAGCUUCUUGCUGCUCCUGUCUGUAUCACUGUUGGAAUUAUUUCAAUUCAAGGAAGUAGCAAAGCCAUCAUGUACAGUCUCUCAAGCUUCAACUGACAUUGUAGGGGUUUCUUGUAAAAGAAAAAGGCAGCAGGUAGAUUUUCUUUUUUGGUGUUUUACUUAUUGUCAUGAUGAUCUAUAUAAUUGUUGACAAACAUUCCUUGUAUGAUAUGUUAAAAUUUAAAGCCAUUCUCUUAAAUUAUAUAUAGCUGGUGUUGAUGGUA